UAUUAAAAAACAUACUGGAUCUAAAUUUAGUUCAAAAUGGGAAAGGGGCAAAGUAAAGAGAAACAAAAGUUACUUGAUAACCUUACAUGCAAAGAUUGGAAAGCGGUAGAAAAAGAAAAUCAAGAUGCAGUAGAACCCCUAUGUUAUUGGAUAAAAACCUAUAAUUAUAAUGGAAAGCUGUCUACAAGUGCCCUAACAGAAUUACAGAAUAAAAUAAAAAUUAAAUGCAAAAAUAAUGAAAAACAAAUGAGAAAGGAAGGUUAUGCACAGACUCAAGUCUGGGUUAAAAUAGCAAAACAACGUGAGGAAGGAGAAAGACUGGCAAAACAGGAAAGAGAGGAAAGGAAGCGACAAAAUAAAGAGAAAAAAAAAGCAAGUGAAGAAGAGCAAAAGAGAGAAAAAGAGGAAUCAAAAUGGAAAGAAGCAGGACAUGAGAACAUAAUGUUUCACAGAAGGGAAGAUAAUGAAUAUUCUGGUCCCUACUUAGCGUUGCAACAGCAGUUACUGCAGCAACAGGGAGGGGCAGUGGGGAGAAAUGAUAUAGAUGCACCCACUGCUCCACCACCACCAUCACCACCUGGAUAUACACCACGAACACCAAUUGCUACUCGAAGCACUGGUGCAGUGGGUAAAUGGUCUGCAACAUUGGGACAUUUAUUAUCUCCAUUACCUAGGGUUAGUCCCAUGACCCUAGAUGAAGGAGGGGAUGUGCAAACUUUUCCCCUCAUUGAACUCCCUAACCCACGAGCAGGCGCAGAAGGCCAAUCAGACACAAUUAGAGUUUAUCGAACUUGGACCCAAGAUGAUGUUAAAAAGGCUGUAGAAGGAAUCCCACACCCUAGAGAGGAUGUGGAUGAGAGUGUGAGGCAGAUGGAGGAUCUUAGGAAAGCCUACCAUCUGAAUGGAAUAGAAGUCCAACAAGCAUGGAUGUGCAAACUUGGCCCUGACUGGUAUCAUGUGAAGGGAGGUUAUAAUCCAUCAACUGCAGUAGGAGUACCUCUUGCUGCUGAUAGCGCAGAGUUAACAACCCAGUUAGUUCCUCUCCUGGAAAGAAUAAAAGGAAAAUAUAAAAAGAGAGCAAACUAUACUGAAAUAGGGAGAUGUAAACAAAAACCAGACGAACCUUUUGAUGAAUAUAGAGUAAGAAUGGCAAAGGUUUUUAAAGUUCACAGUGGACUGGAACCAAGCGAGGAUGAAAAUGGUGCUUAUCAGCAGCAACUAAAAAAUGCACUCCACUCAGGCUCAACACCCGACAUACAUGGCUGGGUGAACCGGCACUACAUAGGAAUGAGUGGGGGCUCGCUUGCAGACUACAUAAAUCAUGCGCUGCAUGCUGAAAAAGUUAUAAAAAGUAAAAAGGGUAAAAAGGACACAGUCAGAGAUGUACUAUCAACAGUCACAGGGCAGGGGAAAAGGCAGAGGCCGAGGUAGAGGAAGAGGUAGAGGACACUUUGGAGCACAAAAUCCUAGAGCAUGUUGGUCCUGCGGUAAAGAAGGACAUCUAGCCAGGGAUUGUAGGGGAGGUCCUCCCCCACAAACUAAAAAUGCAUGACUAGAUCGUGAGACAAACGGGACAGAAUUGGAUCAAAAUUUAAUACAAGAGAAAACCACCUCAGAAGAUGAGGAAAUACUAAAUUUAGAUGACCUAUUCUAUGUUGAAAAAAUAAGACCUGAAAUAACCCUGCUGGUACAAGGCACACCUAUCACGUUUCUUUGUGAUAGUGGAGCUUGCAGGACAACAAUUAGAGAACAAUUACCAUAUGUGAGACCCAGUGGGAAAUGUACCACAGUUCAG